GUGGGCAUCGGGUCACCAGGCAUGGCAGCAGGCACUGGGUCAUCAGGUAUCGGAUCGUCUGGAUCGACAGCGGGUACCGGGUCAUUAGGCAUUGGAUCGUCUGGCUCGACAGCGGGCAUCGGGUCACCAGGUAUGACAGCGGGCACCGGGUCAUCUGGCGUUGGAUGGUCUGGCUCCACAGCGGGCAUCGGGUCACCAGGCAUCAGGUCAUUUGGCUCGACAGCGGGCACCGCGUCAUCUGGCAAGGCAGUGUGCACCGAGUCACCAGGCACAACAGUGGGCUCUGAGUCAAUUGGCUCGACAGUGGGCACCGACGGUCAUCAGGUACCGGAUCGUCUGGCUCGACAGCUGGCACCGGUCAUCUGGUGCUGGAUCGUCUGGCUCGACAGUGGGCAUCGGGUCACCAGGCAUGACAGCGGGCACUGGGUCAUCAGGCAUUGGAUCGUCUGGCUCGACAGCGGGCAUCGGGUCACCAGGUAUGACAGCGGGCACCAGGUCAUCAGGUACCGGAUCGUCUGGCUCGACAGCGGGCAUCGGGUCACCAGGUAUGACAGCGGGCACUGGGUCAUCAGGCAUGAUAGGAUCAUCAGGCUGGAUCAGCUGGGUAGGGACAUCAGGCUAUAGUGCGGGUGCCGAGGCACCAGGCUGAACCACGG